AUGUUUUUCUUUUUUGUUGGCGGUGUGUCACAGAAAACUGUAGUCCUUCGCACACUCGCGCAGCGCUGCAUCAACUGCGGGUCUCAGGUGCUUCGCGAGGAGCGUGUGGACAACGUUCUCAGUAUAUUUUUCCUUCCUGUCUGGACGAUUAGCAAAGGAACUGCCUUCAUUACCUGCGGCACCUGCGGCUGGACGUCAUUCGAGGACCAGACCCAGCUGCCGCCUCCACCCUCGCCACGGCUGCCCCAGCUUCCAUCACGACAGUCAGCUAGCUGCCCCGGGUGCGGCCGCCAUGUACAACCUGACUUCGCGUUUUGCCCUUCCUGCGGCCGCAGCCUGGUGGGGUAG